AUGCAAAAGAAAAAGCAUAUGAAUAAAAAGAAGAGACAGCUAAGAUAUGUGUCAAAAUAUCAUUGCAACCAUAUGCAAGAUUUAUUACUUAAGGGAAUAUAUGAAGGUUAUAAUGGUGAAAACAAUGAUAAUAUUUAUUUAGAAAAAAAAAGGCGAAAAAAGAAAAAAAUGCAAAAUAAAUAUGUAGAACGAUUGAAAAGUUUAUACUGUGAACUUAAAUUAGAAAAGUGUUUAAAAUAUGGUUUACAAAAUAUAAAAAAAAUAAAAAAGAAAAAUUAUGCAGCCAAAAUAAUUUUUCUGAAAAUAAUAGGGAAUUGUUAUUUCUAUUUUGAGAAUUAUAAAUCCAGUUCUUUGACAUAUAUAUUAUUAUCAAAAUAUAUGAAAAGAAUUUUAAACAAGAAUAAAAUAGAAAUAUUUUAUAAUGCCGGUGUAAUAUUCACGAAAUUCUUUUUACAAACAAAUAAUGUGUCUUAUUAUUUAAGUGCAAAAUCGUGUUUUAAUUAUUCUUUAUUGUAUAAUGAUAAAGAAAGUAAGCGUUUUAAUGAGCUUAUAUAUAAUAAUAUUCGACGCAUAUUUAAGAAUUAUUUUAUAACUGACAUGACUAAGGACAUUAUACAAGGGUAUAAAAAAGAAACAAAUAGAAACAACAUUAAUAAUAAAGAAAUUAGUAAUUUUUAUAACAGUAUUCAUGAUAAAAACGGUGCUAAUACAUAUUUACCCUUAUAUUGUGAAGAAGAAUGGAAUGAAGAUAAAUUGUUAGAUGCAGAUUUCCCUCUAUGCUUAUAUAAUAGUAUUACGUUUACCGUUGAUGUUUUUAGUUUGUCAAAGAAUAAGCAAAAAACGUAUCAUCGUAAAAUAAUGAAAGAACAAAUUUGGUAUUUUAAUAAAAUAAACAAAUAUAAUGCGAAAAAUCGUUUUGAGAACAUGUGUAAGCAAAACAGCAUACAUGGAUGCUAUAAUGAUACUAAAAAAAAUUAUAUAAUAAGAAGAUAUCCACAAAAUAACAUGAAACAUUCAUAUAAUGAUAAUUCGUUAGAAGAAUUAUCUUUUUUAUGUAAUGGUAAAAAUAAAAAUCUCAGCAUGAAUAUAUACAAUAAUAAAAAUAUAUAUUCUUUAAAAAAUAGUAAUUUAAAUAAUAAAAUAUUUAAUAAUGUAAGUGAUACUUAUAGUGAUAUAGAACCAGGAAAAUACAAUUUUACAAAUAAAGAUAAUUCGAAUAUAAAGUACAAUAAUAUUAAAGGAAACUAUUCAGGAGAUGUGUCUUUAGAUUAUGAUGUUAUAUACAAGGGAAAUAAUUUAUUUUAUAACCAUAAUUUAGAUGGAAUUAAUAAUUUGAACAUAGGAGAGAAUAUGAAAAAAAUAUAUAAAGGAUAUAAGAUGAAUUUAAUAAAAGAAUAUUCCAAUAUUAUAAAUAAUAAAAAUAAGGACAUUGGAAUAAUAAAAGUUCACAAAAAUAAAUCAUUUGUGGAUUUUUUUCGAAGCAUGUGUGAAGCAUCUUUGAAAAAUAAAUUUGAUGUUGUUCUUAAAUUUUACGAUGAACCUGAAGACGAAUUAAAUUGGAUGAGUAAAAAUGGACCAAAUUAUGGAAUAAAAAGGGGAAGAAAAUGGAAAGAAGAAAAAGAAAAUUAUAUGAAAACCGUAGGGGAUGAUAUUCAUGAUGUAUCUAUUGAAUAUAAUAAUGAAAAAAAUAUGAAUUCAUGGGAGUCAGAAAAAAAAAGUUACACAGAUUCGUGUAGUGAGGAAAUAGAUUCGGUUGUAAUUAAUAGGAAUGAUGGCUUAUAUAACUAUAAUAACUUUGAGAAAAGUUUUCAAAGAAAUAUGACAAAUAUUUGUGAUAAUAAUAUUUUGAAUAGAAAAAGUGAAAAUGUGAUAAAAGGGAAUGGUGAUAAUAAUGAAUUUGUUCACAUUAUGAAUUUAUAUAAAGAAAUAAAAAACGAAAUUAAUUAUAUUCGGUGUAAUUAUAAUUCGAUGGACAAUAAUUUUAAUGACAAAAAAGAAAUAGAAGAAAUAAUUGUAAAUAAUAUUAAUAAAUUCAAUAAAAAAAGAAUAAGAGACAAGGUGAAAAAAUUAAGUCUUUAUAAUAAUUCUACGCUCUCUGACGCUGCUGAUAAAAUGAUAGAUAACAUCAACAGUUUAUUUGUUAUAAAAAAUUAUUCAAAAUUUUUAAAAAGUAUAAAAAAAAAUAACAACAUUAGUCAUACAUAUUAUUUAUAUGAAAAUAUGUAUGGAAUAGAUAAAUUUGAUCAUAUUAACAGUAGUAAUAUAUUUAAUAUAUCGCAUUUUAUUAUCGAUAUAUUUUUAUUAAAAAAUAUUAAGGAAAAGGAUUAUUUAAAAAAAAAAAUUAAAAAAUUAAAGUAUUCUUUUAAAAACAUUUUUCAAUUUAAUAGUUUACCUGUACAUUUGAAAAAUAUCUUCAAUGAUUUAUCUACACACAAUAGUAAACAAAUUCGAAAAAAUGAGACUGUGGAUAAUAUAUAUAUUCAAAAUUUAAUGAAAAAAAGGAAAAAAGAAACAUAUAUAAAAAAUGUUUCAAGUGAUUGUAAUGAUGGAAGUAAUAAUAAUUCUCAAAAUGAUGUAUCAGAAGUAAAUGAAAAUAGUUAUAUGGACAAUGUCAAAAAAAAAGAAAAUAAUUUUAAGAGUGAUAUGAUGAAUUAUAAUAACAAAACUAAUGAAAAUAAUCUAGCAUAUUACUUGAAUGUCAAAUCUGAAAUUGCGAAUGAAUUACAACUAAAUAUAGAAAAUAGGAAAUAUGAAAAUGCAGUAAAUCAUUGUAUUGAAAUAAGCGAUCAAACUAGUAAUAUAGAAAAUGAGCAUAAUAAUAUUAAUUGGGAUGAUAAAAAUAAUUUAAGAAAUUAUUUGGAAACCAUUUCAAGUAGUUCCACUGGUGAAUCCCAUUUUAACAAAAUUCCUAAAGCAUCAUAUAACUACAAUAUGGAAAGAGAGAAAUUAUAUAUUGAUAUGAAAAAAGAACAUAACGAUAUGUUUGAUGAUAUAAUAGAUUUUUAUGAAUUUUUUAAUUCAUCAAAUGUUAGUUAUUUUACUAAACCCCGAAUUGAAGAGAUUACAUUAAUAUUAUUUUAUCAUUAUUGUAAUAAUAAUCCUGGUUUUAUGCUAAAGGAUGUUUUGCUAAAAAUAUUUAUUUUUUUUACAUAUAAUAAUAUUAUAAAUAAAAAAAAUAUUCAUGAAUAUCCAAGUUUUAUAAAAUUAUAUGGUUUAUAUUUAUCUAGUAUUAAUUGCGACCACAUAAAGCACUUUUACCACAAUAUUGAAAGGGAUACGGAAGAAAUAAAUAAUUUUAGAGAAGUGCAUAAAAAAGAGCAAGAAAAAAGUAUAAAUUUUACUUAUGGAAAUGAUUCCAUAUAUAUUGAUGAAAAUGAACUACAAUUUGAUGAUUAUAUAAGUGUAAUAUAUUGCCAUUUAUGUAUGCUACAAUUAUUAUAUAAAUGUUAUUUAAAGAAAUUAAACAAAUAUAUAUAUUUUCCUAAUAUUAAUUUAGAAAAUAUUAUAAAUAACACUUUUGAAAUUUUAAAUUGUCUAUUAAUUAGACAUAGUUAUAAUAAACAAAUUGGAGAAAUAAAAUCACACGUUUUAUUUAUUUUUUUACAAUUUUUAUAUAUUAAUUCAAAAUAUUAUUUUAAAAAUGUUACAUUUUUUCUUAAUAAAUAUGAUAUUAACUAUUUAGUAAAGAGUGAGCAAAAUAAUUUCUAUAGUGCUAAUACGGAGGGAAGUGACAAUUUUGUUGUUUAUAAAGACAUCGUAGAGACUGUCCCUGACAAUGAUGAAACUGACAUUGAACAAGAGAAAAAUGGAAGUUCUGAACAAGAGAUAUAUGAAGAGACACUUGAAUCGAUCAGAUCCGAAGAUGAACUAGAAGAGGAAAAAGACGCAGAAGAAGAACAAGAAGUAGAAGCAGAGAAUGAAACCGAAGAAGAAGAAGAAGAAGAAGAAGAAGACGACGAAGAAAUAGAAGAAGAAGAAGAAGAAGAAGAAGAAGAAAUAGAAGAAGAAGAAGAAGAAAAAGAAAUAGAAGAAGAAGAAAUAGAAGAAGAAGAAGAAGAAAUAGAAGAAGAAGAAGAAGAAGAAGAAGGAGGAGAAGAAAAAGAAGGGGAAGAAGAAGAAGAAGGAGGAGAAGAAGAAGAAGAAGAAGAAGACGAAGAAGGAGAAGAAGAAGAAGAAGGAGAAGAAGAAGAAGAAGAAGAAGGAAUAGAAUCAAAACAAGAAAUCGAAGAGGAUGAAGAAGAGACAGAAAAGGAAGAAAGUAUAGCAGAAGAUAGUCACAUGGAAAACAAUAUAUGCGAAGAAAAUAGCAUAGAAGAGGAUGAGGAGUGUUAUAAUAAUUCAGGAAGUGGUGAUAAAAACAGAGAAGAAUCUAAUGAUACAAAUGAAAAAAAUAGUAGUAAUUCAAGAACUAUUGAUGAGAGUAAUAAUAGAAGUAGUGACAAAUAUGGUGAUGAUCAAGGUGUAAAGGGGGAUGAUGAAAGGAGCGAAAAAGAGACGGAUUAUAAAAUCAUAAAUCAAAUUGAAAAACGAAGUGAAAAAAUAAGUAGCACUAGAAGUAGUUCGAAAAGUUAUGAGGAGAACAGUGGAAAAAGUAGUGAACCUAGUAGUAACGAAAUGAACGAUUAUAUUAACGAAGCAAAUAGUUACAGUAAUGAGGCUAGCAAAAGCAAUGGAGUAAGCAAUAGUAGUAGUGUGUUAAGUGUAGAAAGAAAUACAAUAAGUUAUGAUAGUAGAAAACAUGUCAAUAAUAAAUAUUUUGCAAAAGAGAACAGUAUUAUGGGUAAUAUGAAUUAUGAAAUGACAAGAUUUGAAAAAUUUCAAAAGUUCAUAACACGGCUUGAUGAAAAUAUAAAUAUAACAUUUUCGUCGUUUUUAAAAUGCUAUAAUAAAUGUUUUUUAAUAUUAAAUUUAGAUAUCCCUCAACAUGAGAUAUUAAGGAAAAUAAUACUUCGAAAAAUAAAAAAGAUAAAAAACUAUUGUAAUAGUUUAUAUAGUAUAUUAAAAAUAAAGAAGUUACCAAUUAACAAUAAUUAUAAUUUUGUACUUGAUGAAAUAAAUUAUAAUCUGCUUAAUAAAAAUAUCUUUUCAAAACCGUCUUUUUUUAAAGUUUUAAAAGAAGACAAAUAUAUUUUUGAAUUGUAUAAAUAUGAUAACAGUAAUUUAAUGAAUAUGUAUGAAGAGAAUAAAAAUAAAUAUGGUAAUGGAAACCCUAAAUAUAUUCCAGAUGAAAAUAAUUUAUUUAAAAUAUUAUUUUUAUAUAAAAAUACAAAAAGGAAUGAAUACAUAAGAAAAAAAGUAAGUAUUGUUAAGAAGCGUUAUAUCGUAUUAUUAAACUCUUAUGAAUAUAUUAAAAAAUUGAUAUGCAAUGAAUUAAAAAAAAAUGAUAUUUUAAAUUUAUAUAAAAGAGCUAAAUCAAUUGAUGAAAACUUUAAUUCAAGCAUUGAUUAUCUCCAUUCCUUAUUCGAUUCACGUUUGUGUUUUCUAUUUUUGAGUUAUGAGCUUCAAAAUGUUAUCAUUGAUUUUUUGAAAGACUCUAUAGAUUUUAUAAUUUCUGAUGUUGAAAAAGAUAGUGGAAUAAAUGAAUUUAGAAAAGCAAGAAGAAUGGGUGUAUCUAAUGGCAUAUAUAAGGAUAAGUAUAAAAGCAAUCAAACUGAUAAUAUUAUGCGUUUUUUUUUGGUUAAAAAAAUUAUGAAAAUUUACAAUAUAGUAUUUUCAUUUUUUUAUUUACGCCUUAAUUCAUUUUUAAAGCAUAACACAAAUAAGUUAUACAAAAUUAUUGGGAAACGAGUGGAAAAUGUUUUUUCUUAUGAUGACAAAGAUACUUGGAACACUUUGAAUAUGUUCAAUUUUAUAAAUUAUAGAUAUGGAUGUUCAUACAAUUUUUUAAAUGAAAUUUUUACGUCAUUCCAUAUUUUUGUAAAUAAUUUGAUAAAAGUUGAUGUAUAUAUUCAAUUAGACAAAAAAUUAAUAGGGAAAAAAAAAAGCGUUAAGAAAAAAUAUAAUUUGUAUAAUUACCAUCCUGGUGAUAAUGAUACAUACAAAAGUAUGAAAUCAGAUUCUAUGGAUUAUAAUGAAAUACCGAAAUACCCUAAGAUGGAAAAGAAUAGGUGCAGAAAUAAUAUGUGUGAAAAAAACAAAAUAAAUGGUGUUUAUUUUAACAAGAAUAAAAUAUAUAAAAUAAUAAAUGAAGUGAAGAAAAAUGUGACAAUAGGAGGGAAAUUCAAAAUUAAAAACGAUAUAUUAGAGAAAAAAAUGGGAAAAAAAAUGAACAAAUAUUUCGGUUUUUUUAUUAAAAAUAAAAAUUUGAAAAAAAAAGAGAUGAACAAAUUUGACAAUACAUAUAGGCCACAUGAAUUAUAUAUGAAGGUAGAAAAUAAUAAACCAAAUAAUAACAACUAUACUUCAUUUGAAUUUGUAGAAAAUCCUAUUAGUUAUGUGAAUAUCGCAUAUAAUAACAACAAAAAUGUGAAUAUUCAAAAAAAAAAAAUUAUGAUUAAAAAAAGCAUUAAGAAAGAUACAAAUGUGGAAAGAAAAAUCUUCAGUUUUAUGAGGGUGUAUCCAAGGUUUAACUUAUACAUAAAUAAAUACACUAAUGGGAAAUGUGGAAAUAUAAAUUUAAAGAAGCAAAAAGUAAAAAAUAUAAGUAUAAAAGUGGAAAGACAACGAACUAGUAAUAUGUACAUGCUGCAAAAAUUAUGGUCUAAUAAAUCAUUAAUUAAACAUAUGGAUAAAAGUAAAAAUAUUAUUGAUAAUUAUAAUAAAUUAAACAAACUUAAAAAAAAAAUAAAAAACAAAUUAAAUAAUAUUAGUCUUUUUAAAUAUAUACCAAUAGUUGAUAAAAAUGGUAGUAAAAUAUAUAGUUCUUUAUAUCGGACAUAUUCUCAUAUAUUAUUUAUACUUAUUUCAAUAUUAUAUAUAGAAAAUUAUAACAUUUUACAUAUUCGAAAAAAUCAUGAAUCAUUUAUGAAUAACGAUAUAUAUAAUACAUAUUAUAUAUUUGUGCACAUUUCAAGUAGUAUUAUAUUAUUAUUAUCAUCCCCUUUGCGCACAUAUCUACACUUUAAUCCAUCUGUUGGAUCCAAUAGUAUAAAUAUUUCAACGAAAAGAGGAGUAACUAGAAGCAUAUACAACCAAAAUGUUUAUAACAAUGGUGUCUAUAAUAUUAACAGAUUAAUAGCGAAAGAUGAAGAGGGAAAGAAGAUAAAAGGGGAUAUGGAUGAAUGUAAUAUAUAUGUAAACACUUUACUGUGUUUUAGCUAUACUAAUAUUUUAUUGAUAUCUAAAAAGGGAAAUAAUAAGGGAAAUAAAAUAAAAAGAAAUAAAUAUAUAUACGCAUUUUGUAAUUUAAUAGAAAAUAUAUUACAAAAUGUUAUGUUUUUUUAUGAAUUGUAUAAUAGUGCAAAAAAUGGAAAUGAUAUUUUAGAAGUAGAUGAUAAUUUUUCAAAGUUAAAUAAAAUGUGUAAAGAAAAUAACUUAAUAGAAAAUUAUAUUCCCAUAAAAAAUGCAUUAAUUUUCCACUCAUUAUUUAAAUAUAUAAUACCAGACAAAUAUUGUAACUAUUUCAAUAUAAAGGAGUCAGAAUUAUAUAAUAUGAAAAAAUGUUCACUUAAUUUAUUUUAUUUUUCUUUAAAUAUAUUAUUAACAACAUUUAACACAGAUAUUUCUAUAAAUAUAGAAAGGUGCUUAUAUAAUAUCAACUAUUUUUGUUAUGAAAAAUUAUAUUAUGAAAUAAUUUUGAAUAAUGUAAAAAAAGUCAUAAAAGGAUUAAAAAUCGAUAAUAGAAAAUCGUCUUUUAAUUGUAUAUAUUCAUGUGUAUUAUAUUAUUUGCAUAAAUAUGGAAAAAAUUGUACCAAUUCAUUAAAGGCAGAAACAAGUCAUAACAAUAUAGAACAACGAAAACAAAGUGAUAAUAGUAAUUAUACACCUCAAAAAUAUUCCCAAUUCCAAAAUUCGGUUUCUUCACUAUAUAAUAAAAGAAAUGAAGCAAAUAAUAUAUUUCACAAAUAUAAAGAUAAUAGUACAAACGGUGAUGAAAGCGAUACAGGGAGUGAUGUAAAACAUCAAUCCUAUUUAUACACAUAUGGGAAAAAAGAAAACACAAGUUUCGAUAAUUCUAAUACUAAUUGUGACUGUAAAAAUGGAAUAUAUGAAUUAAACAAUAGAGAAAAUAUGAACCGAAAAGAAGUACUUUCUAAAAUAAUAUAUGAUAUGGUUGAACCAUAUAUUGAUAUAAAACAUAUCGAAGUGUAUAAUAAAAUAUACAGAUGUCACGAUUCUAUUAAUAGUCUUAUUAAUAUUUGUUUUUCGUUUUUAUUUAAUAAUUUAUUAUUUUUAAAACCAGUUUAUCCUUUUGAUAUUCCAUCUAAGGAUAAAAAUGAAAAUGAAAUCAAUGAAAAAAAAAAAAAUAAUAAUAUAACAAAUUAUAAUUUUGAUAUAUUUAAUAUCAAAAUGGAUAAAAUGAAAGCAUCAGAAUUAUUUUUAUCGUUAUACAUUCAUAAAUAUAUGCAUAGUAUUUCUUUGGAUAUCAAAAAGCUAGUUGAUUAUAACAUGUUUAUGAACUUAUUUUUUUGGAUGUCAAAUAAAAUACAUACUACAAUUAAUCAUAGGAAUUAUAUUUAUCUCAAUUAUUCAUUUUAUAAUGUCUAUUACAAAUUUAACGAAUACAAUGUUUUGCAGUUUCUGGUAAAUUUCAAAAGAUCCAAAAGCGAAGGAAAGGAAUUUAUGAUGUCAUUUGUGAAGGUAUUUGAAAAACUUAUUUCACUAGAUAAUGAUUUAAGUUCUGAUUUUGCAGAUCCGUUAGCAUAUAACGUAUAUUUGGAUUAUAUGAAUGAUUUGUUUUUAAAUGAUGAUUAUUAUUAUGUAUGCUUUUGUGAUUAUAUAAAAAAUACGUAUAUAGAAGAGAACGAUUUGAGUGGAAAUGAAUUUGAAUUUUUUAUGGCGGAAUUAAAUGAAUUAAAUCCAUUUAAAAUAGGAAAUGAUGUGAAGAAUAAAAUUCAUGAGGAUUUUGAAAUGAAUUACCUAAUUUUAGUUGUCAAAAAAAAAAUGUGUGAAAAUGUUUGCAAAUAUAAAUAUAUUUCUAACGACACGAAUAAUACAUUAGAAGAUUUAGAUGAUGAUGAUUUAAAUUCAGAUUAUAAAAAUGAAAAUGGAUAUCAUUUUGAGAAUAAUAAUGAUUUAAUAUGGGGAUUGAAGGAAUUCCCAGAGGAACAAAAAGACAACAAAAAAAAAUUAAUGUUCAAAAGUUUUAAAAAUAGAUAUAAGAUUAAAAUAAAACUAAACAACAAUCCUUACUAUUUUAAAAAUAUAUAUAAAUAUUAUAGAAACAAUUUAUUCAUUUUAAUUAACAAAAAGAAUAUAGAUUAUUUUGAAAUAAUAAAGGUUAUAAAUAAAAAGGGAUAUAAUCAUUUUAGUAACAUGUUUUUUAGUUCUUUUAUACAUAUAUUGAGUGAAGUAAAAUAUGAUUAUAGUAAACAAUACAAUUUUAAUAUGCAGAAAAUUAUGGAUAAAUUAAAUAUAGGUUUAAAGGCGUCUUUUUAUAAUAAUAAAAAUAUAAUGUUAUAUUAUUAUUUAUUUCAACAGUAUUUUUAUUUGUACAUAUUUUCAGAGUAUAAAUAUUUUUCGGAAUUGGUUUGUUCAGAAUAUUUUUUACUAAACUUAUCUAUGAAAUCAGUAAAUAAUUCACUAUACAAUACAGAUGCAUACAGAAUAUAUAGUUUUUUGAGAUUUUUGUAUAUUAAAAAUAUAUUAAAUCAUACAGACACACUUUUAAAUUUUUUGAUUUAUAUAUAUUAUAAAUAUUUCUGUUAUCAUUAUAAAGAAAAAGAUGAAAAGUUUCCUCAUUUUAUUGACAUGUUUUUAAGUAUCCAUGAGGAAUCGUAUAAUAGCACCUUUUUGUUCGCUAACUAUAAUUCGAAGGAGAUAAAUUUUGAAACAAAUUUGACGAAAGGAAUUACAGCUACAAAAAAUGGGGUAAAUAGUUAUAAUAGUGAAAUUGUACAGAAUCCAGAAAAUGAAUCGAACCAAGAUAUAUCUACAGAGUCAAAUCCAGGUUACGAAAUCAAACAGAAUGGUGACAUGAUUACAGAUUCUAUUUAUAAUAUGUGUAAAAAUGGAGAGAUAAAUAAUGAAGAGAAGGAAAAGGAGAACGAGGAAAAAUAUGUUAAAACUGAUGAAAGGCGAAAUGAAUAUAGUAAUGCGAAAAAUUGUAAUUUAGUUUUAUUAAAUUCUCAGGAUAGAUUUAUAAAUAUAUUGUUUUAUAAAAUAUUAAUAAAUUUUAUAAAAUCAAAAGUAAAUACAUUGAACUCUAAGUAUAUAUUUGAUAAUGCGAAUUUUUAUAUUUCGUCUUAUAUUAAAUAUUCGCUUUUUUAUACAUUUGAAAAAAAAAAUCAAGUUUUUGGUAAUGCUUUAAAAUAUAAAUAUUCCUUUUAUAAUUUUAAGGCAUUAAGAAAAAACUUAAAAUUGUGUCUAUAUAUAAAAAAUUUAUAUUUAAAACAGGAUUUGUUCAAUAGUAAUAUAUUAUCCUUCUUAAAUAUAGAAUCGAAUAACACAAAGAAAAUAAAAUCAGAAAAACGAGUUUCAAAAAAAAUGAAAAAAGUUAGAGAUGAUUCAAUUGAUGAUUUAGUUCAAAAUAUAAAUAUUUAUAAAAAUAAUAGCACUAUUUCCAAAGAUGAGGAGUCUAAUUUUAAUGAUGAAAAUGUUAUAGAAAAAAUAUCUGAAAACGAUGAAGAAAAAUAUAAUGAAAAUAAAAAUAUUUGUAAUGAUAAUAGCGAGGAAGAUAAGCAAUUAUUAAAUAUAUUUGGGUGUAUAGAAAAUGAAAAAAAAUACAGAAAGAGAUUAAAUGUAGAAGAUGAAAAUGAUAAUGAUGGUGUACAUAUGACAAAUAAAAAAUUGUGUAUAAAAGAGGAAAAUAUAGAAUUUGACAACGAAAUAAAAAAUAUAGGAGAUGGAAAAGAUGAACAUAAAUUGAAUGCAACUGUUGAAGAGAGAAAAGAAAGCGAAACAAUGAAAGAGAAGGAAAUUAUAUCAGGACAAUCAAAAUAUGUACCAGAUAUUAAAAAAAUUAAAAUAGAAAUCGAGGAAAAUAAUAAAAGUGUGGAUUAUAUAAAUGAUGAUAGUGAAAAUGGGAAAGGAAAUGGACAUAAUAACAAUUUAGCAGAUAAUGCACCUAAAGAAAAGGUUAAAGAAAAUUUAAAUAAAAAAAAAAACGAAUUCAAUAUAGAAAAGAUAAAAAUAAAAACUGAAAAUGUUAAUGAGAUAAAUAAAUCAAUAAGCAAAUUUGAUAAGGGUGAUGUUUUAAUAAAUUUGUUUUUAGAAAAAAAAGAAAAUGUACAAAAAAAUAUAUCAAUAAAAUAUUAUGUUAAUAUUUUAAAUUUUUAUUUAAAAAAUAGAGUUCAUGAAUAUUAUAUAAAUUCAUUAGAUUUUUCAAAAUUUCAAGAUAAAUCAAUUUAUUUGAUAUUUAUAUUUUUAGGGAAAUUGUUUAAUUUCUUUUCAAAUUCACUUUUAUCAUAUAUUGAUGAUGACAAUUUUAAGACAUAUAAAAAAAACAAAAAUAUAGUUCAAAACAGAAAUAAAACUGAUUCCGAUUCAGUUGAAAUAUAUUAUUCAUAUGAAUAUCUUCUUUUGCAUUUUAUUAUAAUUUCGAUUUGUAACUAUGCAGAUACUCUGUCUUUUUUAUGCUUGAGUUUUAUGGAUAUUAGUCACCUGAGGGAAGAUGAAGAAGAGGGAGAAUUUGAGGAAGUGCAAGAGGCAGAAGAAAAUAGGAGUGUAGAAGAAAACGAAGAAACUCAAACAGAUGGAGAACAGUAUAAGGACUGUGGUUCAUGUGAUAAAGAAAAUUCUAAAGGAAUAAAAAAAACAGAGUUAAUGAAAAAUUUAACAAUAAGAAAUUAUCCUGAUUUGUGUGAAUCUAACAAUUUCAAAAAAAAUAUAUUUACUUUGAAACCGAGUUUUUUAGAUACAAAUAUUUAUUACAUGUUCAGAAAAAAAUCGAUUGAUAUAAUUAAUAGCGAUAAAGAAAGUGCAAAAAUUAUAAUACCUAUGUAUAAAUUAUUAGUAGCACGAUUAAAAAUAUGUUUAUAUAACCCCACAUAUUUUUUCAUUGCUUCUUUAUUUAGCUAUAAAUAUGAUACAAAGUUAUCAAACGUUUUAUUAAAUUAUAUCAAGAAUAACGAUUUUAGUAUUAAAGACAUUAAGUAUUAUAUUUGUGAAGAAAAUAAAGUGGAAUCACAAUCAGGGCCACAAUGGAAUGAACAUAAGGAAAUGAAUAAUAAUGAAAAUUCUAAAUAUGUAAACACAUUGAAGGAAACUGAUUUGGGAAAAGACAAUAAUAAUUUAGCUGAUAUCCCAAAAUAUGGUACCCAAUCUAGUCGCGAGCAAUUUGGAAGUAUAGUACGUGGAAUUUUUAUGAAUAUGAAAAAGAGAACAUUCGAAGUGGCAUCCUUAUGUCGUGGUAGUAGUAAAGAAGUAGAUAGAUCCAAUUCUGAAUCAUUAAAUAGUUAUAAUAACAAAAGUAUAAAUACGAAUAUAUUAGAAUAUGUAAAUUAUUAUAAUAAUUAUCAUGAAGAUACUGAUUUUAAUUAUAAGAAGAUACACAGUUAUGGAAAUCCUUUAAAUAAUACCGAAAGCGAUGAUGGUGCAGAUAAUGAAAUGGAAUCAUCGAGCCAAAUACAUGGUGAAAAUUUUGCACUAAAUAUAUUAAAUAUGAAUAAGGAAAAUUCAGUAUCACCUGAUAUCAAUAAAAAAAAUAUUAAUAUAAGAAACGAAACAAUAGAUUUAACGAAGGAUAUUGAAAUAGACGGAAAUAAAUUAAGAGAAGAAGGAACAUAUGAUAUAACAAAGGUAAAGGUAGUAAUAAAUAAUAUUGUAAUAAAAUAUAAGGAUGUUAUUAAUGAUAUAAUUGAAGGAUUAGAUUUUAUAUCAGAAAAUAAAAAUUGUGAAAAUUAUAAUUUUCAUGCUGCUUAUCAUGCAUGUACAUAUUAUUUUUUGCGAAAAAAUUAUGAGAAAUGUAUACAAUAUAUGAAAAUUUUUGUUAUAAAGGGAGCAUUUAAAGUUUGUAAAAUCGAUUCAAUAUGUCAAGAUUAUUAUAAUUUAUAUUGUAAAAGAAUACAAAGACGUGAGUUUUGUAUAAUUAAAUAUUGCACUCUUAUUUUAGAAAUAAGUAAAAGUGUUUUAACAAAUCUUCUGUCAAAAAUUAACGAUAACAUAUGUUUAGAAUAUAAGAAAUUACAAGGAAAUAUAUGCUCUGAUAAUUUAAAUAUCGAAAUUAAAAAAUUUUUAAUAGAGGAAAAGUUAUUAAAUAUUAAUAAGGAUGAACAAAAUACGGAAAGCACAAAAGAGUCCAACUUGUGUAAUAAUAUACCUGACCAACUAAUGGACGAAAAAAUUGAUACGAAUAUAAUUCAAGAAGAUAGUAAUACAGGAGAAGUGAAAGAAAAUAGCGAUGAAAUAGAUCCCCAGAAUAAAGAUAUAAAUAUUGAAGAAUGUGAUACUAAAGAAAACAGUAUUAACUUAAAUGAUAAAAACAGUAUUGAUGGGGUAUAUUGUAGAAAAAAAUCAGAAGACUAUGAAAAUGAUCAAAAAGAGAAUAAAUUAUUAAGUAAAGAAAAUAAAUGGGUGUAUUUAGGUUUUGAAAAUUUAAACCAUUUAAAUGAAAUUUAUGAUGUAUUAAAAGUAUUAUUCGAAAUAUAUAUACAUAUAGGUAAAAAAAUAAAAAGAUUUAAUGACUUCAAAAUAUUAGAAGAUGCUACAGCUAUCUAUGGAUAUAAUAUAUCAAUUGUUAAUGUCCUUUUCACACUUAUUAUUGAGCAUUUAUGUUUUGUUUUUGAAGUUCUAUGUUAUUUUACACCACAUGUAUUAGUAUAUCCAAUUAUUUUACUCUUUGGAAGUGACAUAAAAAAUGAUGAUAAUCUUAAGGAGAGUAUAGUUAUUGACAACGAUUAUCACUCGAAAAUUGAAAAUAAAAAUAAUAAUAGUAAUAUUUAUUUUUACUUAAAUAAAGCAGCGUAUAAUGAAGAGAUCAUGUACAAUAAUAGUGCAUGUGCAACCAUGGACUUACGAAUUUUUAAAUUGUUUAGAGAAUUUUUAGCAAAUAAAUCCGCAAUUUUUCCCUCUGAUUUAUCUACAAAAAUGCAUAGUGUGUUUUUAUUACUAUGUAAGAAAUUGUUAUAUUAUCAAAAUAGUGAACAAGACAUGAUAAAAAACAUACAAAAUUAUCAUAAUAAAGGAAAUAAAACAAAAAAAGGUAUAAUGAAACUUGUUACAGAUGUAAUGAAUAAUCCUUAUAAAACCAAACUUUCCGAUUUUCUAAAUUUAAUGAAAAAUCGUAAAUUUUUAAAUUGUAAAAAUUAUAUACAAUGUGAAAAUAUUAAAUUAUUAGCAAGUAAAUUAAUUUAUAAUAGUAAAUAUACUGAUAUAAAUAAAAAUUCUUCCGAAAUUGUUCAAUUAGAUGUUACAAGCGAAAAUAAUAACAACCCAAAUAUAGAAAACACACUACCUACUUUGAGUAAUACAAUGAACAAUUUAAAUAAUAAAGUGGAUUCAGAUUUAUUGCAAAAUAAUGAUUUACUAACUAUAGAAAAAAAUAAUGAAAUAUCUAUGUACUAUAUUAAGUUGCAUAACGAUAUGAAUAUAUGCUUAUAUGACGACUUUGACAUUUUUAAUGGUAUUCGAACCAAGAACGAAGCAUUAAAUUGUGUCAAUUCAAUGCUAGCAGAUAAAAACUUAGGAUCGAAAAAAAUGGAUAAUAAUAACUUGAAAAAAAAGAAAACUAUGGAAUCGUCUAUUCCAUAUGUUAAGAACUCGAUACGCGAGCGAGACUUAAGAAGAUUAAAUAGGGAAAAAAGUAAAAUUGGGUAA